UAUUGCACUUUUGUAUUUUCUCUAAUGAAACCUCAUUUUAAUUAACAUUUCAUUGCGUGACAUGUUUUCAUACAUGUAUAUAUACAUAGUAUAUACCUUUGAAAUUUAAAGGGAAAACACAAGCAAUUGUUCUAUAGGAUAAAUCCAAACUUUAAAGUCAUUUGGACGAAAAAUAUGCAACUUAUAUACAUCGGGACGGUAUUUUUUCUUUUCAAAUCUGGGGAAAUGUUAUUGGACACCACCGUUAGACCGUAUUUACUUAACGCUGUAUGCAAGAAGCAUUUAUUCAACAAUAAUUCAUUAUGUCUGAAUCUUCAUAACUAUCCAGACCACGAAGAUAGUGUUCAAAAAGAAGCAAGCCUUUAUUUCUUCAUCUAUCGCGUUGCUGCAAACGUUCCAGCCAUUGUUACUGGUCUGUUCCUAGGAGCCUGGAGUGACAAAAAUGGUCGCAGACUGCCGAUGGUUUUCACGUGCAUUGGAUUGACAUUAUCUGUACCGUUUUAUAUAGGAAGUAUGUAUAUCGGACACCCCACACUCGCAGUUUGGAUCAUACUUGCAGGUACUUUCUUUCAGGGACUUUCAGGGAAAGGUGGAGUUAUAACAAUGGCUGUCAACUGCUUUAUAGCUGAAAUAUCAGAUGCGAAGAAUAUUACAAAACACACUGGUAUGUUAUUUUCAAUGAACUUCUUCGGAAAUUGUUUUGGUGCCUUUUUGGCAGGAAUUAUCGGUUGGGACCUAGUCCCAUAUUUUACUGUCAUUGGAAUCAAUGGUAUUGCUGUCAUAAUCAUACUAGUGUUUAUCAAGGAGACCAAGCGUCCUUCGACUGGUAAAUGUUCAAACUUUCAUAAAAUAUCAAAAACUUGUGCAAAUGGUGAAACGGAUAACAAUUCUGAAACAAAAACUAACCCAGAUGACUGUGAAUUAGACAAAACAGUUCAAUCAUACCGAACUUUCGAGGGAUUAAAAUUAUACUCCGGCUUAUUUACAAGAAAGAGGACAGGUUUUAACAAUUUAUAUAUCUUGAUUCUUUUCUCUGUUAUAUUCUUAAGUACUUGUGACGUCACAGGAACUGUUGACGUUAUGCUCCUAUUCGUGAGUAGAAGUCCUUACAAUUGGACAAAGUCGUUAUACUCAUAUUUUGUUUCUUUUGAUAACAUUUUAAUGGGCGAAGCACUAUUUUUGACACUGCCAUUCCUUUCAAAGAUAUUGAAAUUAUCCGAUAUAAAACUCGUUGUAAUAGGAUUAUUUUGUAGGGUAAUUCGGUACGUGUGCACAGGAUUUAGCACCGUAACUUGGACUAUGUUCGUCUAUGACGUAAUCGGAUCUGGUGGUUCAUUUAUCAUUUGUAUAAGAUCAAUUUUAAGCAAAGUUAUAGAAGAGGAGGAACUAGGAAAAUUCUUUUCAAUUUAUUCUGUUACUGAAAUUGCCGCAAAACUCAUUGGAUCUAUAGUAUAUAUGGGAAUAUACAGCGCAACUGUGUCUUUCUACCCGGGUAUCGCCUUCUUUGUGAUGGGACUCGUCAAUCUAACAAUGCUGAUUGCAACUGUUGUAGUUCACAGACUCUUUAAGAAAGGACAACAUGAAGAAGUGUUACCAAUUAUUGUAAAGGAAAUCAAGAUUAACAGAAAUGGUGAAAUACCCAAUGUCAGGAGACAAAAUUAAAUACAUUUUAGAAGUAGACCAAUCAUAUGACUAAUAAAGCGGAUGAAAUUAUAUAAUUCACAAAUAUUUGAUGCCUCGUCGGGCCCUUGUAGGUGAUUUUCUUGUUGCUCUGUCUUCCUUUAGGACAUUGAGUACUUUUGUUAUGGUCAUUGGGUUUACUUUUAUAUGUUUCUACAUGAUCAUUUUAGUGUUUUACUUAUUUAACCUUUUGUAACCAUGACAACUGUUAGAAUUUCACUUGGCGGGGAUUCAUUUUAUUUACACUGUCUCGUUUAUAGGAACAUGGUGGGGCUAAGAGCGAGGUUUGGUGCACCAUUAACCGGUUUAAACUCCCCAGCAGUCAUUAUUAUGCUGCUGACCGUUCCAAGGCGGCGCCCCACUGUGUUCCUCAGAUGUAUGUCUAUGUUGUUUCAUACUGUUUUGGUGACACUUUUGCUUGUGUCCCUCCUUGUUGUUUUCUCGUCUACGGUAAGUAUCUUCCCCAUUGCCUCUAGUUUUUUUUUCUUUGAUUAAACCCCCCUUCCCCCGGUCUCCUGUCCCCUUCCCAUAUUAUUUUCUUUGAAUUCCUAAUCAGUUACAAAUUAUUUAUCAUUAAAUGAUUAACCUGUCCGUGCUCUGCCUUUGUCCUGUCCUGUUUUUGUUUGGGGUCCGCCUGGGCUCCUUGCCAUUGGUUCUUGUUGCUGGGUCAUAUGGGGGUUGCGUUCACUGGACGCCGCCUUUCCUUGUUGAUCUUGUUUAUCAUAUUUUUUACCAAUAUCUAUUUAUUAACUGUUUUAUACAGAAUUGAUUUAGGUAAUAGAAUUUGUUUCAUUUCAUUGCUUUGUUUAUUCUUAAAUCAUCAGCUCAUUUGUUUGCUUCUCCGUAUCUAAACCUGAUAUGCCACAAGUCACACUAUAUUUAUAGUAGCUUCUGCUGAAUAAUGUCACUCUCUUCAAAUGUAAAGAACUGUCAAUCGAGCUUGCUAGCUAUUUGCAUACAAGGGCUUUGCGAGUGUUAAUCAUAGGGUAUGAUCUUAGGCGAUAACGAUGAUAUCUUUGAUGAUGAUGAUGAUGAUGUAUCAUCAUCAUAAUAAUGAAAACGGACAUAAUGAUUGUGAUAAAAAUGUAGAAUAACAGAAUCAUGUACUCGCUCCUGUAAAAAUGAAUCAGGGAGUAAUUAUAAUGUAUAUUGUCGGUAAAGUCACCGUCGUAAGAUUGUAAAACUACCGCUAAACGCCCCGUACUGUUGUUAUCGUCCCUCGCGAGCUUUUCGCUAAAAAGUGCCCAAAUAACGGUAAGGAUUUGCAUUUAAAGUAACUGUUUCUUCUUGCCGAAAUUCCGGUUAUAGAUUUGCAGUUAAUUGAUACUAAGUGGAUUGAAUAAUAAAUACACGAAAAGGUUUUCAGACUUUUCAUAUGCAUCUGCUGUAGUAAAUGUUAUCAUCUACGACAUUUAAUUUGAAUAAAAUAAUUUAGCCUGACAUUUGCUCUUUUGUUAGCAAAUAGUUUGUUUUUAAAUUCUUAUCGCAAUGCACUAUGAAAUGAGUACGGUCAUAUAGGGAUUUAUACAUACAACGCACUAGUAUAAAUGUUGGUUCAUAGUCUAUCAUUAAAGAUAUAAAAGUUUGUGUAAGGUAGAUUAAAUCAGAUUAAAAUGAAAGAACUUAAUCGUACUCUUGUUGCUAUUAUAUUAAAAGACGGUUGAUUCUGUACUUUUAGACUAAUAUGCUAAUAUGCACUAUUACACUGAGAGAUAUGUGUUUUUUUUAUUAUACCGAACCAACAUUUAAUUACUCUGAGAGCCGCCGUUCAUCAUCGAUUGCGACCAGGGGAGAGAACUAGAACAUUACGUUUUCUUAAGUAUAUAUAAACUACUCGCCCCUGGGAAAUAUUGCCAAAAAUAAAAUUGAGCGGGUGAUACUCAGUUUUAGGAUGAUAGAUCGAAAUAACAGCAUGUGAGGUCCGUUUACAUAUUUAUAUAUACAAUGUAUAUAUGUAACAAAGUAAAGAGUUUACGUGAGUUAUAAUAAAAAAUAUUGCUGAAGGGCUUGUUGGUCCUUUAAGUAGGAAUUAUCUAUCACCUUGGUAAAAUCUUGAACAGUCAUCAGCAGAUUCAUCCUCGUAGCCCUCGCUAUUCGCCAUGAACGGAAAUGCUGUGUUGACUUAUUAGCUGGCCGACAAGAACCGUCCCCUGGCAAGAUUUGUCUGGGACAAAUAAAAGUUAUCUCCCGGCCACUCCUCACAAACAGCUGCCCGAUAGUCGGCGAUAUGUAAUAAAGCAGUAUUAUUUUAUUUUCUUUCUUCUUCAGUAUUGCAAAAGAAAAAUGCAUUGCAAUCAGUGUUAAGUAUUUAAUUAUUUCAGUCUUAUCUAUACAUUUUACUCAUAUACAUCACAAAGAUAAAAAUCAUAACACACAUUUUCUGACCAUAUGUAAUUACAAAAGAAUGUUAAAGGGGGACAACUUCAAAGCCAUAUUGCAGUAUUUAGUAAAUCUGCACCGCAGAUUUGUCUCUCUUAAAGACACACACUCAUCCAUUAAGAGACAAAGUAUUUUAAAUGUACGUUGUUUAAUAUUCAGAAUAUUCAUAUCGACCUGUUUGUUAUAAAUAUAAUAAAAUAAUGCCUUGUAUCAUUGUUUGGGGACCUUUCUGUUGUCAGAGUUAAAUCGUAUACAUAUACAUGCACAGUGCAGGUAUUAGUUACCCGCGCACCAGAACAUGCCCAUUGAUUGGCUCAUUUUUGCUGGGGUUUACUUAUUGUGACCGCAGGGAUAGGGAAAGCGACAGAAAUAUCAUAUUCGGAUGCUCGUUUUAAUUAAAUUUUUCCCGGGGUUUCAUAUUGUGACAACAGGAAACGUGUUUUUAUGUUUGAGUAUGAUACAAAAGAGAAAGAACAUCAAAACACUCGGCAAUCUGAUUUAAGGUAGAACGCGACACUUUGCGAACUUUCGAGUAGCGUCUUGAAAAUUGGCAUGCAGAAAGUUGACCAUAUUUCUGAUUUGAUUCCGUUGAUUUUAUUCCAAUAGUUUCAGCCAAUUUUUGUACACAUGACGUCAAAGUUGACCAUCAAAGCCCAUUUUUUAACAUAACAUCGUUGCGUAUCCUUGACAACUGU